AUGCCGCUCGACGCAAAGACAUUGACCACCCUCGAGAACAUUGUAAACGCAGCUUGCGAAGACCAAGCAGCGGGGAUUCCCGGCGCGACCGUCGUAGUCGUUGGAAAAGAUGGCAAAGACUUAUUUGCCCACUCGGCUGGCAAACGGGGACUGACCUCCUCAGAGCCCAUGACACUGGACACUAUAUUUUGGAUUGCGUCCUGCACCAAGUUGCUCACUGCAGUGGCAUGUAUGCAGCUUGUUGAGCAAGGCCGUUUGGAGCUGGAUAAUGGACAGCAGGUCGAAAGUAUUUGUCCCGAACUGAAACGUCUGAACGUCUUACGGCAGGACGGCAGCUUCGAAGACAAAAAGGUGGCGAUCACGUUGAGAAUGCUCCUGAGCCACACGGCUGGGUUUGGCUACACCUUUUUCAAUGACCGCCUGAGAGAUUGGUCGUUUCCGGCAGGUAUCGACGAAUUCUCAGGACGCUUUGACGAUAUGAAGAUGCCGCUUCUGUUUCAGCCCGGUGAAGGAUGGGAAUAUGGGGUUGGCAUCGAUUGGGCCGGGCUCCUCGUGGAGCGGGUGACGGGACUGUCGCUUAAUGAAUACUUAAAACUCACCGUUUUUCAACCCCUGGGCAUUCAAAACAUGUCUAUGAUUCCGAACGCCGAGAUGCGCCGAAAGCUGGCGCAUAUGCACUCCAGGGCCGAGAACGGUACAUUGAGGCCACGAGAUCAUCUUCUUCGAGCACCGCUGGUUGUCGACCUGGGUAACGAGAGUGAGGUGGAAAAGAUCUUCAAUAGCGGCGGAGCUGGAAUGUUCGCGAAGCCGCAAGAAUAUUGCCAGAUAUUGGCCGUGCUACUUAACAAUGGCAAGUGCCCACGCACAGGAGCGCAGCUUUUACAGCCGGAAACCGUACACGAAAUGUUUCGCAACCAGAUUCCACAAUUUCCCGAUCACGGACGGCAAGGACUGCAGGCAUCCAAGGCCGAUUUAACAAACGCCAUUUCAGAGCUGUAUCCGGUUCCCGGUAACCCUCCCCAGGGUUGGGGUCUCUCAUUCCAGCUUGCGAAUGGUGGAGCAACCGGCCGUUCAGCGGGAACAGGGCAUUGGGCAGGAUUGGCAAAUUUAUGGUGGUGGUGUGACCGUGAAAAGGGAAUUGCAGGUAUGGUAUGUACUCAGAUACUACCAUUUGGGGAUGCUCAGGUUCUCCAGUUGUGGGCUAAGAUUGAAACGGAGUUAUACCGAGUAAUUGGUUAA